GUUGCCAAAGUCGUCCUGACAAAUUUGGCCCAAAUGAAUGAGAAGUUAUCUGCUCUCGAAAAAACCAUUGCGAAACCUGUAGCUGAAGUUUCAGAAGACGAAGAUGACGAUCUUGCUUUUCUUCUGGUUAAAAGCAUUGAUGAUUGCGAGAAAUUCGAGAGAAAUCUUAAACAAAACAAGGACGUUUUCAGGAAAUUGGUAUCCAUGAUUACCAGAUUGGGAAAAAGAAAUACUAAAAACUCACAAGGCGAUUAUGUAAGAAGGGCGUGGGGAUGCGUUAUCGCAAACUCUGUAGCUAAAGAGUUAAAUUGGCUGGGUCGACCAGAUAAGCGGGUAAAUAAUGGAUUGGGGAAACAAGGAAUUAAGGAGUCCCUAAUCACCAAGGCCAUCCAAAGAGGAAUAUCAAGCAAUAAACCCUACUAGCACCCGUACGUCGAUAGGACGUUUCAAAGCCGUCCACUCCGUUCGGGCUGGAUAUCCGUAGCGGAUGUUAUUUUUGAUGGACCUCCAAUUAUUCCUCUCCGAUGGACAUCCAAACGUGGCCUCCGAUUGUCGUCCAAAUAAGAACAUCCGUUGGAUGUUUUCCCCUG